GGGUGUGGUUUUAUGCAGCCGGGGCACAGCUGUGCGCAUUCGAAAGCAAGACGAGAAAAUGCCUUUUUAACGCCAUUGAAAUACACGGGAGCGGAAGGUGGGGAAAGGACAGUUGCUUUGUGACACCACCCCACUGGGUGGAUCCACUCUAGGGACUGCCCCACCGACCUAGGGACAGUGCCUGUGGAGUCCCGGCUAGUCACUUUUCCCCUCUCUCCAGCUGAACUGGGUGCAAGUUUGCCUCAUGGCUGCAGGACCAAACAACACGCACAGCAGGAGCCCGCUGUAAAACCGCAGCCGACUCUGGAGUUAGCGGGGACGGGGAGGCUCGAAGGACCGUCAGACCAGAAGCGGUGCAGCGCUUGGGUUCGGCUCUUACGUGGCUCCCAGGACCGGGGGGACUGAGACCAACCGCCCCUCUGUGUAAACUCAAGCCUAGUGGAAAACCCGGCUCCGCUCGGGACUGUGAGAUCCCGCCGAGUCCCAGCUGUUCCACCGGCUGCGCGGCCCGCCGGGUUUUGUACCGUGGCGGCCCCGAGCGGCGGCCCCAACUUGUAACUUGGAGCGGGCCGGGCCGAGCCGAGCCGAGCGGGCAGGGGGACGGGCUUUGCCGGCGGCGUUGCAUUUGGAAUCAUGGGCUUAGAAAACUGGCUGAUCCUGCUAGCCACCUAGAGUUCCAAGGUGCCCUGGUCUCUGUCUUCAGUACUUUCCCCUCUGACUGGACGUGGGGAACAGAAGGAUGGAGCACUGUGGACCCUUGUCAAAGAAGCAGCCUGUUCAGGGAAGGGGCCAGUGAACUGCAGUCUGACCAUCAUAGCUGUUGUGGACUUUGUUCCUGUGCCUCAGCCUAGACUCAAACUGCACAUGACCUAUCAGGUAUAAUUCGCAACAGUUCUUGGCGACCACGAAGGGACUCUAGGCUCGCCCCAAUGAGCGAGACCGCACUCCUCCUCUCGGACAGCUUCAGCCGGCAUAGGGACAAUGAAGCUGAACGAGCGAAGCGUGGCGCAUUAUGCCACAUGUGACUCUCCGGCAGAUCAUGCUGGCUUCCUCCACAAGCGUGUCGAGCGGCACCACCACCACCACCACGCCACCUCCUACCACCGUCGCUGGUUCAUCCUCAAGGGCAACCUGCUGUUCUAUUUUGAAGAUCGUGAGAGCCGGGACCCCCUGGGGCUUGUUGUGCUGGAGGGCUGCACCGUGGAACUGUGCGAGGCUGCCGAGGAGUUUGCCUUUGCCAUCCGCUUUGAUGACGCUGGUGCCAAGGCCUACGUGCUGGUGGCUGACUGUCAGGCCGCCAUGGAGGGAUGGGUGAAGGCGCUUUCGCGAGCCAGCUUUGAUUACAUGCGUUUGGUGGUGAGAGAGCUGGAAAAGCAACUGGAGGAUGCCCGUAAGAGCUUGGCUGCCUGCUACAAAUCUCCAAGGAAGUCAUCAUCUGGCAGAAAAAGGCAUUUGUCCAAUCCUGCUAUGGCGCUCGUCCAGGAGCAGCCUCCCGUCUUGGAGAACGGUUACUCUACAUGGGGCAGUGGUUACCUCCCUGCAGGGGCCUCCUGUGCUGACCACGAUGGGGGGUGUUCCAAACCCCCGCCUCUGCCUCCUCGCCGGCGCUUGGCAGCUGGCAGUGGAUGCGGAGCACUCGUCACUGGCCUCUCUUUGACUGGGCAGGAAAGCCCCAUGUCUCCGGAGACAGCCUGUUUCUCCAAGCUACACAACUGGUACGGUCAGGAGAUUGCAGAGAUAAGGAGGGAGUGGCUGGAGAGCCAGAGGAGUGGGGAACUGUGAACUGGGGAAGGCAAGGCAUGGAGUGACACCAAGCCCAUUUCGACAUUAUCGUUGCUGUACUUGGUGACCCCUCUCCCAUCCAGGAGAAUAGCCAAAUAAGUGACAAUGUUUUCUCUCCUUCCUUUCUGGAAUCAUUGCAUGUUGGGUGGGUGAGUGAGGUUGGGAUCUAGGAGAGACACCAGUCUUCCCAAGACCUCGUUUUCACCUUUGAGCCCUCAGACAGUGUAUGUUCCCCUGUGGAAUAUUGCAGCAGGGCUGUAAAGUGUCAGAAACUGUAGAUUUUGAAUCUGGGAUGGAGAUUGUGGAGUGGGGUGUGUGUGACCAGACUUGCAUACACAAAAUGGGCAUCACUCUGCUUCCGUUCAGGUGGCUGUUUUUAUUCCCUACCAAUCUGGACUGGAUGGAGUGGUGUGUUUUAUUGUUACGCUUUCUUUGAGUAAUCUGUUCUGAUUUAUCGUCAGCAACUGAAUGUUUGCUUAGGUUAGAGGUAAGGAGCAUCUAUUGCCUGGUAACUUUUAGAAAAUGGCUUCUUAUGUCACACUCACAUUCCUUCUGAGCCCCAGAGUAAUCAAUGGUGAAUUAAGACUGGAUUGAACAGAGUGGCUGAACUGGGCCCUUUGCUCUGAAGAGCACCUGAAGGUGUGUAGCUCUCACACCUCUCACUGGCCUGGACUCAAGCAGAUUUGGGGCUGCAUUGUUUUGGCUGGUCCAUGGGCCAUAUUUCACCUUAAUCAAUCCCUGAUGGUGCUUUGCCUUAGUCUCAGUCUAUCUGAUUUGAAUGGGCUCAGAUUUAUGGAUAUAGGACUCCCCAGCCUUCAAAACUAGGAUCAGAUUCUUAUACAAUAUAUCCAAUAAUGAAUUAUAGUAUGGGUUGGCUAAAGAGAAGAAACAUAAAAGGCCACCAAAGGAUUCUGGAUCAUAUGGUUGUAUCAAGCAUGAGGGCAGGUGUGACUCAAUAACCAAUAAUUAUUUACACAAGUCUGUGGUACCAACCGUUCCUCCCCUAGUAAAUUCUUGACAGAGGUGAGGAGUGCAGGGAUCUGUCACUGCCCAUCUCGUUGCAUAUUAUAGAAUUAGCAUAUUUACAAGUGUAUUUUAGGUGCUGUAGUAUUUAUGGUGGGUAAGAGGAUGCAGUGUGAGGUAGGGGCAUGGUGAUACUUGGGUGCGCACCACCUUUCACAAAAAAACUCAAACCAAACCCUGCUAAACCCAUCAGACACACUUGCAGAGACCCCCACAAACUCAUAUUUUCCCCUCUCUGAAUGUGAGCUUGGAAGCAAGACUCCCAGAGAGGCAGCAAAUUCUGGACUGAACCAAAGGUCAGGAGACCAGAACUCCCAAAUUCUAAUCUUGCUCUAGCACUGAUGUGCUGUGGCGCCCUGGCCAAGUCAAUUAACCUCAGACUCUCCUUCUGUAAAAUGGGGAUAAUAAUACUUCUUUACCUCCCAAAGGCUUCUGUUGUUAACCUCAGUACAGUGUGUUGAUUGUGCAAAGUGUUGUAUGUGGUACAUGGUCACAGUUCUUAGGGUAUGGCUGAGGACACUAAUUGUCCAGACCCAAAUUUUGGCUGGGUCUUUCUGAUGAUACUGUAGCUGAGCCCCAACUCCCAAAAGUGGGGUCUCAUCACUGGAACACACACAUACAACGCAGAAGGGGAGGAGAAAAUCAGUGGAGGAGGGACAGAGAUAAUCGUGCACUCUGUAGGGAUGGGGUAGAGGGGGAAGGGCAUGAAGAGAGGCAUUUGGGGUUAAGAGAGACUCACCAGUGUGUCACUGACGCUGUUGUGAAUCAAGUCCAUAGGGUCUAUAAAUGAAAAUGAGUUGAGAGAGAGGCUGCUAGGCCACAAAUUGCUGUUAAAAAGGUAGUUGGGCUUCGGCGGGGAUAAAGAUACAUGGACAAAUAGCCCAGGGACUGUGUAAAAAGCUGGUGGCAAAUAUUAUGUAGAGAGAGUAUUUAUAAUUUUCCUACUCCUUCCUUUUAUCCUCUUACUAAGAACUUUGUUUCAGAGCAGAACAUGGUGUGCAGACCCCUGCUACCAGCCAAAGAAUGUUUUUAACAAUGUUUUUAAUUACAUGUACCAUUAAUGAACCAUACCGUGACAGCAAUGAGCGUCUCUGGCUUGUGCACUAAUAGGCUACUGGGGCACUUCUUGGCUGGUUGAAGCAUUCAGCCUUGUUCUUCACAAUGUGCAGGAGAAGCUUCCAAAAGCACAAAGGGAGUCACGCCCCCAACUUCCAAUGCUUUGGGUGCCUAGCACCCUGUUGUAAAUCUCAAAUGGCGCAACUUUGAUCUGUGAACAACAUAAUCUGUGUAUCUCUUAUUCACUGCUCCAUUUCGGUUUCUUUAUAACGUUCUUUGGCUGAAAUCCCCACCCCUUUACCUGUAUCAUAUCUACUGCAUUCAUGAGUUAAAGGGGACGCUGCCAACUAGUGCAGGCUCCAAGUUCUGUUUUGUCCUGGGGUUUUUUGGUUGGGGUUGGGGAUGCAGAAAGUGUUUAUAAAAGUUAAUGUGGAGAGAAAUAUUUUUGAGACUUUUUAAAGUCAAUAAAAACCAGCUGUAUUUGGAAGGUUAAGCCUUCCCUGUCACUGUUGGAAACCCAGAGACACCAGCACUUUGCUGGUGCCUGAGAACCAUGAAGUGAAAAUGACUGAAAGAGAAAAUAAGUAAUCCAGCCUGUUUUGCUGUUGGAGCUGAAAUUGGAAUAGUAUAAUUGAUUUAAGUCAGUUUUAUUUUUAAGAUUCUUCUCAUCUUAAUAAGACUAAGUAGUGUUACUAAUACUCCUAAAAGCUUUAUUUUAAUAUUUUUAUUUUGCCUAUCCCAUUACAUAGUUUUCAUGCUAUCUGGCUUCAUAGCUAGUAUGUGUGCUAAAUAGUUAUUUUUGGAGUGUGACCCACAGUGUUCUCUUCAAGCAUCCAGUGUUUUUCUAAUGAUUUUUUUGGUCUUUAUAUCCCUAAGUCCUGUGAACCAGGGGCAGGAUACCAGUGUCUGUGUUUGGGAUAAUUUUGUUUAUUAAUGAUCAGAAACUAAAACAUUGAGUGAUAUUUGUGCUUCCCCUACAAAUGUUUUUGAGACUUCAUUUGGUUAUGGGGUGCAGCAUGACUUUAGAUGCACUGAUUUAGGGUUUUCCUCAUCCCUUUCCCACCUCAGUUUCAUAUUAGGUAUUGGCACCUGGUGUCUUUAAAAAAAAAUCAUAUUUGGGUCUGUGCAAAGAUCUGCUCAUGUGUAGUUAGUUUUCUUUGCUGGCUGAGCAAAGGCAAGAGCUCCUUUAGGCGGGGGAUCAGUUAGCUAGUGUGUGUGUGCACCACUGCCUUCUAUUGGAUAGAAUAUCAAACCUGCUUAUCAGUCCAGCUGGCUGUGCCCUUGAACUGCUCCCUAGGCAGAAGGUGAGGACUUCUGUUCCCUGAUAUUGCAGUUGAGUUGGUUAAUGGACCAUUCUGCCUUUGCAUCUUCAGGCACAGAUCAUUACAGGGCAAGGGAGACACGUCAUUGCCUGCCAGCACAGUCUCCCCUGCAAAAAUUUGAGACAUAGCUUUUAGCCAAACUUUUUUCUCCCAAUCAUUUAGGUUAGGGCUGCUUAUUCUUUUACCCCCCCCCCACCCCUUUUCAUUAUUCUUAAACAGUGAAAAUCUCUGAACAGAACAGAAUUUCUAGCAAAAGAGGAUUGAAUAUUUUAAAGUUUGAUAGCUGUCCCUCUGAAGUUAUUCAAGAUGCUGUCUUUUGCAAUAAAUCUUUGGUACAAUAUGAAAAGCUCUUUCUGUCAUAUAUGGGAAGAAAAUGUUUGAUAACAUUUCAGUAAUAGAGGGAGGCUGGUGGUUCUGGUAUGUUUUUCACGAGCUCUGCCAAAGAUUGGGUCUGAUCCUGCCAAAGUAAUAAUUGAAGUCAUUGUACUCUUCUGAGGAAGGGUUUUCAUCUCCAGACCUGUUUGCUUUAUAGCUUUAUUUACCUACACUUUGUUGUUAAAAAAAAUCCAACCACUAUGAUGUUUACCAUUUGGUUCAAAUUGAGACAGGGCUGAUAGUAACCAAAAUACGUCAUCUGGUGGACUCAUGUGAAUUUAGGGUUGCAGACUAUUUCCCAGUGGCAUACUUGUUCCCAGCCAAUUGACGUGUUUUUUGUGAUGUUUUAGUAGAGAGGCCAAAGGUUCAAAUAGCCAUGGAGAUUGACCUGCCUGCUCACCCAUACAGGUGGCAUCUCCAGACGAGUAACGGGAGGUGAUGGUCGGAAGCUUGCACCUAUGGUGUAUUUGGUCUGUGGAUUAAGUGGAGAUGAGUCUCCAGCGCUGCUAAUCUAGCAUCUUUCGCCAGCACCAAAUUCACUUGUAAAAUCUGUACAAUUUAACAAAGAACACUAAAAACAACUUGCAGUAUGUUUCUCUCUAGUUACCUUGAAGUGUUUAAGUACUUUAAGUAGAUAUUGUAUUUUUUUAAGAAGGCAGUUUUGCAUGGCCUUUAUUUUAUAUAAAAACAGUAUAUUAUUGUGCAUUUAAUUGUUAACAUUUGUAUUUUAAGCUAGUAAUGGUAAAUAAACAGGUUUUGAAUUCGGA